AUGUCUAUUAAGGAAUCAUCACUCGCGACUGAUCCAUUCUUGGUCAACCUGGAGUUUGCGUUGAAGCGUUCGUCGCCACUUGAUCACCAGACCUCGCUUCACAUUUCCCAACUUGUUCUUCGACGACAAUCCUUUCAAAACGCGUACCUUGCUCACAUUUUAGCUCGUUCGUUUGCGUUUGCUUGGCCAUGGCGUCUCUGGCGAUUGGUGGAGUCGACUUUCUCCCAGCCCCCGGUCCGGCGCCGUGCUGAUUCGUGGAAAUGCCGACGCCAGGCCUGCCCGCGGGGACAAAAUAUCCUCGAACCCCAGAUCAACAUUACCCCAGGUCCGGACCAUGGCCUUUGA